UUGGGCUUUGAAUAUUAGAUUUUUCGCUUACAAUCAAUUUACUGCAGCUACUUAGUUACGUGAGUGACGUGCGCGUUGCGGUGUCAUUGCGCUUUCCCCGAUGUUGCCAUGAUGAUGUCACGCCCUAGAUGGAGCUUGGGCAUAGCUCAUACAAUUUACCUACGACAUCGAACAGCAGUUCAGCACCUGCGUCUUCCCAAUCUAGAACUACAACCUCAACUCAAUCAAUCGAUCAAUCAACAAACAAAAAUGACUUUUCUCCGCCCCAUCUCAAUGCUGCGCUCAGCUGCCCUCCGCCCAGCUCUCGCCGCGGCGCCCCGUGCUCGCGUUCAGGUCCGCUUCGCAACGCAGGACUACGGCUCUGGUGACGGCAACCCAGCAGGCGAGAACCCGCUACAGCAAGGUCAGAACCCCAGCGAGUCUCUCGAGCAUCCAGGUCCUCCGCCACCAAAAGUUGCAGAGGGAAAGUCGUCGUCGUCGCCCAACGAGGAUUCGUCUUCGUCUUCGGCCAGCAAGUCCUCAUCCUCGUCAUCUUCUGCAAGCUCCUCGGACAAGUCGUCGAAGGGCAGCAGCAACAAAGGUGCGCCAAAACCCAAGAUCCUAGACGAGAAGGCCCCGGCCAAGGACAGCAACCCCGAUGUGAAGCAGCAUAAUGAAGAGAUGGACCAGAGGACUGAGAAGCAAUAUGAGCAGGUCAGUGAUAAACAACACAACAAGGACAAGGUUGGGAAGGACUUUUGGGCUGGCCAGGGCGGACGGGAUAGGGAUCCGUGAGGAACGAAGAUUGUUGGGAGCAAGCA